ACUAUACUUCUUAUAUUAAUCAAACAUAAACUUUCAACAUUUUUUCCUCUCUUCUUCUUAUUGCUCUCUUUUAAAUAAGCUUUAUUAGUUCUCAUUUUAACUCUAAAUAUAAAUUUGAAAGAAGAAAAGAGAAAAUGAGUUCUUUGCUAAGAACUAGUUUCAUCCCAAUAACUAGUUUUCUCUCUACUACAAAUUACCAAAAGAUGAAUAAUGGGGUGAUGAUGAUUUCUGCUUCUCUAGACAGAAACUUAUCAGAGGAUAUUGGUGAUCAUCAUCAGAAAAUAACCUUAUUACAAGAUACCCAAAAUAGUAAGGUUCUUAAUUUUUCUGGAGAAAAGCCUUCUACUCCAAUUCUUGACACUAUAAACUACCCAAUUCAUAUGAAAAAUCUUUCCAUUGAGAAGCUUGGGAUUUUAGCUGAUGAAUUAAGAGAGGAAAUAGUAUACAGUGUGUCCAAAACAGGAGGGCAUUUGAGUUCAAGCUUGGGUGUGGUUGAGCUCACAAUAGCACUUCACCAUGUUUUCAACACUCCCAAAGAUAAAAUUAUUUGGGAUGUUGGCCACCAGGCAUACGGUCACAAAAUAUUAACAGGAAGACGAUCAAGAAUGAAAACAAUUCGACAAAGUUUUGGACUUGCAGGGUUCCCAAAAAGGGAUGAGAGUGAGCAUGAUGCAUUUGGAGUUGGACAUAGCUCCACUAGUAUUUCUGCAGCUCUUGGUAUGGCAAUAGCAAGAGACUUAGUAGGGAAAGAGAAUCAUCAUGUGAUUGCAGUGAUUGGAGAUGGUGGGAUGAGUGGUGGACAAGCCUAUGAAGCAAUGAACAAUGCAGGUUACCUUGAUACCAAUCUCAUCAUAAUCUUAAAUGACAACAAACAACUCUCUCUUCCAACUGCCACUCUCCAUGCCCCUGCUUCUCCUGUUGGUGCCCUAACCAAAGCCCUAGCUAAGCUUAACUCCACUACAAAGUUUCGCCAGUUACGAGAAGCUGCUAAGGACAUUUCCAAGCAAAUAGGAGGGCAAGCUCAUGAAAUUGCAUCAAAAGUUGACACUUGUGUUAGAGGCAUGGUGGCUGGUGCAGCAGGGACUUCACUAUUUGAAGAGCUUGGACUGUAUUACAUUGGGCCAGUAGAUGGUCAUAAUGUGGAAGAUCUAGUCAACAUUUUGAAUAAUGUCAAAGCUAUGCAAACAUCAGGACCUGUUCUCAUCCAUGUUAUUACUGAGAAAGGAAAAGGCUAUGCUCCUGCUGAACUAGCACAUGAUAAAAUGCAUGGUGUUGUGAAAUUCGAACCGAAUUCGGGGAAGCAGUUGAAGUCGAAAUCGAGUACUCGUUCUUACACUCAGUGUUUUGCUGAGUCUUUGAUUGCAGAAGCUGAGAGAGAUGACAGAGUUGUGGCUAUUCAUGCUGCUAUGGGAGGUGGUACUGGACUCAACUUAUUCCAAGAUCGUUUCCCGGAUAGAUGUUUCGAUGUUGGGAUAGCCGAGCAACAUGCUGUUACCUUUGCUGCUGGCUUGGCUGCUGAAGGCAUGAAGCCCUUUUGUACUAUUUACUCUUCUUUUCUACAAAGAGGUUAUGAUCAGGUGGUUCAUGAUGUAGACCUUCAAAAACUCCCAGUGAGAUUUGCAAUGGACAGAGGUGGUUUAGUGGGUGCAGAUGGUCCAACUCAUUGUGGUGCCUUUGACAUAACUUUCAUGGCUUGUUUACCAAACAUGGUGGUCAUGGCUCCUUCUUGUGAGACUGAGCUUAUGAACAUGGUGGCCACAGCUGCAGCCAUCGAUGACCGACCUAGCUGCUUUAGGUACCCGAGAGGAAAUGGCAUUGGAUCAGUGCUUCCACCAAACAACAAAGGAAUUCCAUUACAGAUUGGCAAAGGAAGGGUGUUAAGAGAAGGAAGCAGGGUAGCCAUUUUAGGCUAUGGAACAAUAGUUCAAAGUUGUGUAGCAGCAGCCGAGCUUCUUCUUCAAACGCUUAAUAUCUCGAUCACCGUUGCUGAUGCAAGAUUUUGUAAGCCUCUUGAUGGAAAUUUGAUCAAGCAACUAGCUCAAGAACAUGAGAUAUUGAUCACUGUAGAAGAAGGCUCCAUUGGAGGGUUUAGCUCUCAUGUUUCCCACUACUUGAGCCUCAAUGGAUUACUAGAUGGCAAGCUUAAGUGGAGGUCUAUGAUGCUUCCUGAUAGAUACAUUGACCAUGGAUCACAAUCAAACCAAAUGGAAGCUGCAGGGCUCACUUCUAAACACAUUGCAGCUACUGCUUUAUCACUCAUAGAUGAACCCAACAAGCUUCAUCUUCCUAAUCUCCAUGUGAAUUUCCGGUAGACCAAGCUGCAAUUUCACACGAAAACCUCAAGGCAAUUCGCAAUAGUGUAUGUUUAACACCACAAAAAUUGCUAAGAUGACUCACUCUAGGCAAUGUAGGGAGAGUUCACAUAUGUACAUAUGCUACAACAUAAACGUUGAAGAAAAUAAAGAAUCUCCAUGCCAACAAUCAAUGCUUUUGCAUUGGUAUGCUUUCUACAUUGUUUUUGUUCUUCCUAAUAUUCUUCUAAUAAUACAAUACUAUUAUUAGGCCAAA